AUGUAUGGAAGAUUGACUAGGAUUCUGCAGUCGCUGCAGGAGGAGCAGCAGGAGCUGGAGCAGACCGUGCAGCAGUAUGACGUGGAGCUGCGAGACGCGGCUGAAGAUCUCCUGCAGCUCCAGCAGGAAGUGGCUUACACCAGAGCACACGCAGAGAGCAUGCAUCUACGCAUCACUCCGCUGCAGGACUUAUUCGAGGAGAUGAUACAGGUGAAACACCAGCUGGCUGAGCUGGUCGCUGGCCUUAUAACUGCUGAAAGUUCAGUGGCUGAGAUGACAGAAGAAGCUCCUGGUGUCGUUUUGAGCCAGGAUUUGGAAAGACAUGUGGAUGUUGUAGAAAGUGAGAAGAUCUUGUCCAAACUGGAAGGAGAAGAAGUGAAUGAUGUUGAGCAGGAGAACACUGUAGAGGAGCUUGAUCAAAUGCAUUGUUCAAUGGAGAACUUGUCUGACUCUUCUGACAUGGAGAAGGAAGACUUUGAGAUCAUUCAACCCAGUCAGGUGACAAACAGACAGUUUGACUUCUUCCAUCCAAACCCCUUCACUGAUGGUGAUGUAUUUGGAGAUGACCAUUUUCCAAAGGUUGAUGUUACAGAGCAAUUACCCAGGGACCCGUUUAGAGGCACAGACCCGUUUGCCUCUGAUGCUCUCUUGGUUAACAUGUCAGAAGAAACGCAUUGUCAGGAAGACCUCAUCAGUCUUCCAGAAACUGUACACUACCCUCUCCAGUCUGUCGUUAAAGACUACGGUACUUUUAACACUCCCAUCAACAGGCCACAGUCCACUGGAAAGCCUGAUAGUGGAGUGUCCAUGUCCAGGAGUCUCAAAUCUGGCAGCGAUGUAGAUUCUGAGUGUGGGACAAACGCCACACCAAACCAAAACGGUGACGCUGUGAAACCAGAUCUAUUAGCUGAAGCUGUUAGUCCUCAGUGUGAUGAAGAGUGGGUCCAUGAAUCAGACUCGAGUCACAGUUCAAUGGUGUUUAAUUCCAUUGAUGCUGAUUCCAAUGUAUUUGCUGAAGAGGAGGAGGACAGGGUUGACGUUCAGACUGGAUCCGGUUUCAUUAAAAGAGCUAACUCUCUGUGUGGUCUACAUGGCAUCAUUGCAGGGUCUUAUACUGAGUUUCCUCUAAGUCCAAGUGACCCUGAUCCACUCCCAGGCCAUUUCCAGAAGACAUUUGAACAUCAUAUUAUUAACACUUCUGAACAAAAUGCUACAAAUGCCAAAGAACUCAGAGAUACUGAGAGUUUAUCUCUAGAAAACAGUCCAGGUCCUCUGUGUGAACAGCUGCAUGAUAUAAAUAGUAAUCCUUCUAGCUCUCCUUCCAUUUCUCCUCCUCAACCUUCUGCUUCAGACGAAUAUGACUUCAAAUAUGGAGAUAUGUUCUUCUUCACUGUGAGAUUAGAUCCUGGUAGCCCUGAACUACAUAAUCAAAGUCCGGCUUGUACUGAGCCCAAAGAUGAGUCCCAUGGCCCAAUGCAUUGGAAGGACGCCUCUUUGAGCCCUGAUUUCAAUGAUGUAGAUGAAUUUGAAUGUUCCAGUCCAAAGCCUGAAGAUACAGAACAACACAACCCUAUCACCAAUGACCAGGACACUGGCAGUAAUCCUCCUAAACACGAGGAGAUAUUAGUGCCUGAUUGUGAAAAGGUGGUUUUAGAUACCCCAAGUCUUACAUUUGAGGAUUCAAAUGCUUGUCAAAAUGUUCUUGAUUCAGAGCGGAAUGACCAAUGCAUGGCAAGUCCAGAUGUAGCUGAACCUGUUCCUGAUUCAUCCAUCCUGAACACCGAAAGCAACCCGCCUAAUUCUACAUCUCAAGACCUCUUUUGUCUGUUCAGUAACACACAGAGAUCAGCUACUGACCAGUUUUAUGCCAAUAAAACCAUCAAACCGUCAUCCUCUGAAUGCGUGGUCAUGAGUAAACUUGAACUCCAGUAUUUUGACCCGUUUAGUCCCAUACCUGCUGAGCCAGUCAAAAGCGUGUCUGAUUUAGAAGAAAUGAACGCUGUUAACUCAUUCUAUCAUGAAGCUCCAAGACUAGAUUCUGGUUAUCAUGAAGUUGGUACUCCUACACCUUUUAGUCCAGAACCUGUUGACUAAACCAAAUGUAGCAUUGAUCUUCAAGACUCAGGUUUGGAAGCCAGAAAGCAGAGCAACUCUGAAAUCCACGUCCCUGAUCCUUUUAGCCCCGAAUCAGUCGAUACAGCGAUAUUUCACUCGGAAACAGAAAACUGUGAAUCUGGUUAUAUGUUUACGACAUGUCAACCCAUAAAUCCUCAACCACUUUACACAGAUUUAAAUCAUCUGGAGGAGAAGCAGAUAUCCUGUGAUCAUCUCAGUGGAUCCGAACUUGAUGAUUGUUACCCCUUUGGUUCUUGCCCAUCUAAUGAAGCGAGCUAUGCUUAUAGUAGUGAAGAAAAACUCAUUGAACCGAUCCGAGAAGUAUCUGAUGCUUCACGAGAAUCCAAACCUAGCUCUAUAGUGUCAAACGCUAGUGAUUCCUCUCAAGUAUUUCACUGUGGCUCGGUGUGGGGAACCUCUAAAACGAGCUUUCCAGACUCUGAAGUGCUCGACCCAAUGAAAAACAACAUUUUUGAUUUUAAUACAAUGGAUGGCUCAUUUGUGUCCGAUGUAAGCCAACAAGUUGAAGAGAAUACACAUGGUGCUGGAAAAGUACUGAAAAACACCGACCUGACUGAAGUUGACUAUUUCUGUUCUGAGCUCAGUAAAAUGGUAUCUUCAAGUUCAUCUGAUUUUGUUCAACAGAGUGUUGCUGAGAUGUUAUUCGGCGCUGAUCCAAACACCUCAAGCUUUUACCCCUGGGAUUUUGAAAAGCCGCAACACAGUUGUUAGUUUUCACACCUAUUGUGUUUUAAUUGGUCUCAUUAAAUAACAGUUGCAUUUUCAUGAAGUUUCCAUUGUUAUAUGGCUAAACGAUUGUAAAUGUCAAAGUUUCUAAACAUCAUGUGACUCACUUUUGUAGAUGCAUUUCUAAUUGUUGUUUAGUUAUGUAGUUUCCAUAAAUUUAUUUAUUUCUUUAUUUUUAAAUGUCAAUUAUAGCCAAAU